GAUGGCGGCCGUUGACUGAUUUUGAGGGUUGUCGUCGUCGCGAUAUUUCAAUUUUUCUUCGUUCGACUAUAACAAAACGAAUAAAGAAUGGGUUAAUCGAAAACUAAUAUGGUCUGGGUUUGAUUCUGAAACCCGGUUAUCGAAUAAGGUUGUCGAUUUCCACGCAUGGUUUGUUGUUGACCAGGUCGCAAGAAAAUGAAGAAGAAUGUAAACAAUGCCAAUGGCCGUAAAUAAGUAGUUAAACAUUAUUUCGGUUAGUAACAUGUAGUAAUAAAACACAUAAGAAUGUGUGAAGAAUCACACAUUAAACCGAUGUCAGGAAUGCUGCAUAAUGAAGAUGCAGAUAUUAUGAUAGUGAAAGUGUUUGACAAUAACGAAGAUGCUGAAGAAUUAAAGUCCAAACUGAAAGACAUGACGGUCAAUGGUAACGCAACUUCCUCAUUUGAAAGUGACACUAAUGAUAACCAUGAUGACAAGCAAAGGAAAACACCAAGCAGAAGUGUUUCUGGAUCUGAUGAAUUUCUGUGCCUUUCAACUGAAACGUUGAUCGACAAUCCAGAAGGACAUGACCUUAGUGCCAUACACAAUGUAAGUGAAGUGAUGCAGUAUUAUCAAAAAACCCGAGAUGGGUCUGGUCAAGGCUCCAACAAUAAUUCUCCAUCACAAAAUAAAGUUGUUACCACUUCAAUGACAAAAGUAUCGUCUGGAUUGCUUAUUUCUCCGAACUCAUUGGCUGGAGAAGUUCACAUAGACACAAGUGAGAAUAAACAGCGCAUGUCGGCCGUACUGGAGAGUCUAGAUCUUCAGCUAUUUUAUAUUCCCACUACCCAGCAACUUGUUGCAACGAAAAAGACCGAUUCAACGCAUACCAAAUUACAUGCUACUCAGUCAGAUAAUGUGUUAGCUCGGACUACAAAGCUUGAUGAUUGUGAGACAGAUUCCUCUGGAUAUGCUAGUGGUAAAAGUAACAGUUUAGAAAGACCUGGGUCAGGGUCGCCCAUUAAGAUGGCCACUUCUGAUUCCAGUCCUGUUCAUAGUAUUUCAGAGUUCCUCUCUUCAAAAAGUUCUUUCAAGGAUGAUACUUCUAGUUUGAAUGAAAGUGACUGUUUGAUAAAGAUACAUGAAGCAGCAAAUAGCACUAGUGAUAAUUCAGAAUUUAUGUGUGCCUUUCCAAGGAUAAAUACAAAUGAGUCCCUUCUCAGAACGUUUAAUGAUGCUUCUAGUCUUUCAAGUUUAAGCACUGGGACAGACUUUUCAAUAUCAGCAGCUUCACUGGAUGAUUAUUAUGAUGGCACUGGUCAUUGUAUCGACACAGGAGACGGGGGUUUCAUGGAAGUGAACCUUCAUACCCGAAACUCAUUUGAAAGAGGGAAAAAUGCUUCUCAAGACAGCGGCAUUGAAGACAAGUCUUUGAAGCCAAAGCGGAGAGGCUUAACUGGUUUACUCUCUAGAGGCCUGUUUUCUAGGAAGCCCAAGGAGGGAAGUGAUGAUGAACAGCCUGGCUGGAAGUUGUUUGGAAAGAUCCCACCCAAACAUGGUGCUGCUAAACAUCCUGGCCAGAUUCAGUCAGAAUAUAAGGAGGAGCAACAGGCCAGCAGUAGAUCCAAGAAGGAGGACAUUGAAGUCAUGUCCACCACAGCUCUCAUCCUGGAAAACAGGCCCAUGAACCUGCCCAGUAAGUCCCCUGAGGAGCUGGAGAAACAUCAGAAGCAGUAUGAAGCCAUGGUGGAUGCAGCACGCAGGAAAGAGCGCCAAGAGCUGAAGAGGAGGAAGCGACAGCUGCAGCAGCAGCUACGACAAGAGGAGCAACUCCUGGCGGACGCCAAGAUCUGGACUAAGGACAUCUUGCCCAACUGGGAUGCCAUGAAACAUUCCAAGAAAGCGAGAGAUCUGUGGUGGCACGGCAUUCCAACCAACUUACGCGGCAAAGUGUGGAAACUAGCUCUCGGCAAUGAUCUCAAUAUUACCACAGAGCUCUAUGAGAUCUGUGUGAGUCGAGCAGCAGACAAGAUCAAGCAGAUGGAUGAGACCCCGGUUGUGUUCCGCCCAGCAGAGUUGGCCAGUGCGAGCAAGGAGUCAAGUGUGGAACUGAUCAAGCUUGACGUCUCCCGUACUUUCCCUCAGCUCUGCAUCUUUCAGAAGGGCGGCCCAUACCACGAUUUGUUGCACAGUCUGCUUGGGGCCUAUGCCUGCUACAGACCAGAUGUUGGCUAUGUGCAAGGUAUGUCGUUCAUUGCUGCAGUCCUGCUACUCAACAUGGAGGUAGGCGACGCCUUCGUGUGCUUUGCUAACCUGCUCAACAGACCCUGUCAGGUGGCCUUCUUCAGAGUGGACGAGGGUCUUAUGAAGGCAUACUUUGUGACUUAUGAAGAGUUCUUCAUAGAAAACAUGCCUAAUCUUGCCAGUCAUUUCAAGAAAAACAACCUUACUCCCGACAUUUAUCUCUAUGACUGGAUAUUCACCCUGUUCUCCAAGUCCCUCCCACUGGAGCUAGCGUGUCGAGUGUGGGACAUCUUCUGUAGGGAUGGAGAGGAGUUUCUCUUCAGGACUGCUCUUGGUAUCCUGAAAUCCUAUGAGGAGGUUCUGCUACAGAUGGACUUCAUCCUCCUGGCUCAGUUCCUGACACGCCUGCCAGAGGGUGAGAGGUAUGAGGCAAAACUGUUCCGUAGCAUCGAGGCUAUACAGAUGAAUGUGGACAAGAAAAAGUUCUCUCAAGUGCUGGCAGGCAAUAAGGAGCCCACUGACCACUCUUGAUGCAAUGUGAGGACUCUUGAUGCAAUGUGAGGACUCCAUAUGCAAUGUGAGGACUCUUGAUGCUAUGUUAGGAAGAUACUGUGGGUCGAACGUGUACUCUUAAGAGACCAACAUCACAGUGGACUUGAAGCUGUUUGCUCUUCCUCAAGUCCUGCAAAAUCUCCACAGCAAUUGCUCUUAAUGGAAAAUGCAAUUUAUAUGAGCCUUCUUCUUUGAAAUGUUGCUAAAUGCAUGUGAUUUAAGUGUCGUCACAGAUUUGCCUGUGCAUUUGCACAGGCCAAUCAGGGAUGACACUUGCCGCCAAGAGUUGAUUUUUUUGUAAAAAUAAAAAAAUGGAAAAGUGUUUUCCUUGAUUAGGACUGCACAAGCUUAUGUUGGACAACAUUUUUGGCAUAUGCAUUUAGCUCAGUUUUAAAGUGAGGCUCAUUUAUAUGUUAUGAUUUUAUUACUAUCUAUUCACCCUGGUGCAUUUCUGAGCCUGGGUCAUUUUCCAUGUGGCUGGUUUAUGCAACUGGGAAGUUUUACACAUUUUCUUUUCAAGACAAGAGAGCCAAAGGCUUGAGUGACUUUGGAUCCUGUCUGGGGACAGCUGAGACAUCUCAGCUCAGUCUGUUGAUUAAAGAAGAAUGUAGUCAGUCACAAGUCUUUCCUAACACUGCAGUUAGGAAAUUAAUCUAAUGACAUUGUCCGUGUGUAAAAAAAUAUUGAUACAGUGGGCAAUCGAUGGAUACUAAAGUCUCUGCAGUCUCUUGUCAGAAUGUCAGUAUUCGUACCUGGCAACUUGCUGGUCAAGUCUUUUUCUUGCACUGUAACUGUGAGAUGAAAAUGUUAAGUAUGUGAUUCAUAAUGAUGUUGAGAUUAUUUCUACUAAACUCUGUACUCUGUUUUGUUUAUCAAAUGAGUCGCUUUCUUAAAAAUGGGGUUUCAUGCCUGUGUGUAAAGUCUCAUCUCAGAUUACCCUGUGCUAAUCAGGAAAGACAUUGUAUUACCCACAUGCAUGAAGCCAAAUCCCAGAACAAGGCUUAAAUGCUUUUGCGCUUUGCUGGAUGUUGUAAUUUUAGGUCAGUUGAACUGUUAAAGUUCUAUUGUUGCAGUUAAGUUGGCUGGUAUUGCCUGGCAACAAUAGCAACAUAUAAACCACCGUGUUAUGAAUAUCGUCAGGGAUAUGACUUAUUUAUUGUGAUUAUGCUUUUGUGUUAUUUUGUAUCAGUCAUAAUGAAAUUCAAGUGCUGUGCAUAAACUUUUCGUUAAAUGCUGUAUUUUUGUAUGCUAGAUAUUUUUGUCAAUAUCAAAUUAUUCUUACCGGUAAUAUUCAAGCUUGAUGCAAAUAUAACAUAUCAAAAUGUUAUUUUUUUUAAACCAUAUUCAUCAGUUUUGAUAUUUCAUCUGUAACAGUCUUUAUCACCAAGCAAAAACUUUGUUAAAUGCAGGACUCUGCAUUUUGACAAUUUAAGAAAUGUGUCCAUUUGAGCCUUGCUCUUGCAAAAACAGGGUUAAAUGCAUGUGUGAUAAGUGUCAUCCUAGAGUAGCCUGUGCAGUGUGCACUGGCUUAUCAGGGUGAUACUUUCCCCUUUUACUUUAUUUUUAGCAAAAUCAAGUUUAGGCAAAAAGUGUUGACCCUGAUUAGCCUGUGCUGUCUGCACAGGCUUAUCUGGUACAACAAUUUAUGUGCAUGCAUUAAACCCAAUUUUCCCAGAGUGAGGAUCAUUUGUUAUCACCAGGUUUCAAACAUUAAGUUAACAGCCUGCUAUUUAGCCAGCUAGGGACAUCUUUUCAUAAAUCUUUAUUUUAUUCUCUCAAUUAGGGAUUGUGUCAUUUGGAAGCAGAAUAAUGCAGAAUGAAAAUUAAGUUGUUUUCCAAGUAUACAAAUGUAUGCCUUUUUUGCACAUAAGUCCCUUUUGGUGGUAGUAGCCAGUGAAGCUUUGACUCACCUGGACUAACAUUCUAUUGAUUUCAUUGUUAAAUGUCAGGUAGAUGAGGUCUCCGAUGAACUGGUACAUUGAAUUGUCUAUUCACUUUCAUGAGGCAUUGAAAUUGUAUCUUUAUUUACUGCAAAAGUGUUUCAUACAAUACAUGUUUACUUUGCGUCAUAAAUAUAUUAUAAAAGGUGCAGUAUAUUAACUUGUAUAUGUGUUAUGUUUUACAGCGAUUUAAUACUGUAUACUGUCAAGUUGACCAUAGCUUUGUGUUAUGGUACUAAUGAAUGGUAAGUUCAGAAGUUCUGUUAAGGUGAAUAGUUCACAGACUUUUUUACUUAUCCAUCUUUGAAAUUGGAUUUUUCAAACUGUGAUAUGUAAAGGCCAAGUAUAUUUUUGUAUCAUAUAAUGUUCACCACAGAAUGAGCUAUUUUCUACAUGAGCUGUGCUCUGUGAAAAGGGGGUUUAAUGCAUAUGCGUAAAGUGUUGUCCCUGAUUAGCCUGUGCAGUCCACACAGGCUAAUCAGGCACAACACUUUCCGCCUUUAUGAUAUUUUUCGUUUCAAGAAAGUCUUUUCUUAGCAAAAAUCAAGUUUAUGCGGAAAGUGUGGUCCCUGAUUAGCCUCUGAAGACUGCACAGGCUUAUCUGGGAUUACACUUUACACAUAUGCAUUAAACCCCCUUUUCACAGAACGCUGCUCAAAUGUUUUUGUAAAUAUAAUCAGUAGUAAAGUUGUAAAUCAAGCGGAGGAAUUUUUUUUCUUAUGGUAUGGGUCACUUAAUAGCAAAAAUGUUUGACUCUGUCCUUAUUAUAUAGCCAGAUAGGUUGUAUAUACCCAGAUAGGUAGUAAGGGGAUGUUUACUGGAAUCGCGAUUGAUGUCUAUCUUUCUGUCUUUCGGCAGACCCAAACUUUUCUGGGGGUGUUUUUGUACAAAUUUUAAUUCAAACAUUCAAACUUCCAGAUAUUAUUCCUCACAGUACUCAGCUGUGCAUGUGCGAAUUUUUAAUCCUAUGUUGACAAUGAUAAAAGUUUUGCAGAAAAUGGGGUAUAUAGUUUUCGCACUGUCCGUCAGUCUGUCUGUCAGUCUGUCACACUUUUCGUGUCCGCUCUCUAAUUCAAAUAGUUUUCAUCCGAUCUUUACCAUUCUUGUUCAGAAGUUGUAUCUGGACAAUAUCUAGGUCAAGUUCGAAUAUGGGUCAUGCCGGGUCAAAAACUAGGUCACGGGGUCACUUAGUGCAUUUCAAGGAUUUAGUAUUUAAGUUUCGAAAAAUGCUCAUAACUUCUAUCAAAGCGUUUAAAGGGGGGCAUAUGUCAUCCUAUGGUGACAGCUCUUGUUCAACUCGGACAUUCCAUAACAACUUCGUACUUUGUUUAUUGUUUGUUCGGCUGUUUUAGAAGAAAACCCGAAGAAUUGUAAUAGCAAGCUCAUCCGUCGUCCUCCCUGCGCGUUGUGCUUAAACCUUAACAUUGGCUCUAAAAUCAAAGUGCUUCCAUUUAACUUUGAAACUUCAUAUGUAUCUGCAUCUUGAUGAGUUCUACACACCACACCCAGUUAUGGGUCACUAGGUCAAAGGUCAAGGUCACUGUGACCUCUAAUAUAAAAAAAAUCUUCGGACAAGCUUUCAUUAAUAAAAACUGCACCCGCAGCCGAGCAUUGGCACCCGCUUUGCGGUGCUCUUGUUAUGUUUUAAUUCAAACAUCUGAAACAACUUUAAAAGUUGCCUACUUGUAUUUUUAUAGGUAGAUAGAUCUCAUUAAGGGAAGUGCAUUGCUCAAGAACCAUUACUCUUGAUGCAAUAUUUUUUAAGUUCUUGUCCUUUACUUAUGUACUUUAAUUUGUUCAGAGCAUUUUGAAAAUUCAAAAUAGUUAUCAACUGAAAACAUAACUAGUAUGCAUUUCUCACUUAGAGAAUCUGAAGGGAUCACAAGGUCCAUAACUCUUGCUUUCAAAUUUUUAGAGUUGUUGCUUUUUAAUAGAUUUUAUUCUUACAUUUUGUUCAGAGCAUAUUUUGAAAAUAAUAAUAGGUAUCAACUUCGAACUUAGUACGUAGGUAGGUCUUAUAAAAGAAAGGCAGUGAAUUAGAACCAUAACUCCUUCUUUCGUAGUUUCAUGCUGAAAUGAUGUCCUAAGCAUAUAUUGAUGAUAGUAUUUUGAAACUUCAUAAGUAGGUAGCUUGCAUUGAUGGGAAAUAAGUUCUUAAAUUUGAAAAAACAAUGCCCUCUGACUUAGUAGUAUGCAUUUCCAACACAACAGUAACAGUUCUUGUGAAAUUUUGUAUCACAUUAACUAUUUAACUAUUUAUUGAACAAAAUUGACUGGAAUAAUAAAUUGGCUUUUAGAUAUGUUAAAACAAAGAGUACAAUUUUCAGUUAUUACCACAGACAAGAUUGCCCCCAUUUUGAAGCCGGUUGUGAGCAUAAUUUUGUAAUAGAGUUGAUUGACUUUGGUUGUAUAGCCUCCAUCAUACAUCUGACUAAAUCCUUAUAGAAAAUCAAUCAUUGUGCUAACAUUUGCAUAAAGCAUAAUAGGAAUGAUGAUUAUGGAUAUGAGCCCUGCUAUGAAAAGGGGGUUUAAUGCAUGUGCGUAAAGUGUCAUCCCAGAUUAGCCUGUGCAGUCCGCACAGCCUAAUCAGGGACGACACUUUCUGCUUUUAUGAUAUUUUUUGUUAAAAGAAAGUCUCUUCUAAGCAAAAUUCAAGAUAUGCAGAAAAUGCCAUUCCUGAUAAAUCUGCACAGGCUAAUCUGGGACGACACUUUACGCACAUGCAUUAAACCCCCUUUUCACAGAGCAUGGCCCAUAUAUAGUUGAUGACCCAGCUAUCUAAUGAGCAAGUGUUUCAUGCAAAUUGGACACUAAUAUGUAUAUAUGAUCUAAUCGUAUUGUUUUAAAGAUGCACAUGCUAAUUUAGAAGAAUAAACUUGGAAGUUUGUUCAUAAGAUACAUGUACAACAUUAAGAUAUAUAUAGAGACAGUUUGAAUUUCAAUUUGGACCUGUUGAUCUGUUCUUCACCCAUUUAACAUCCAAACGGUGUAUAUUUCAAAUAAGUUGAUGAGAUGAAUGUUUACAUCUUGCCUAUGACUGUAUAUCUUUGACUUUCUUCUUAAUUGAAUCUAGCUGUGGACAAUAUGCGGUUAUGAGCCAUGUUCUUGAAAACUUAAUACAUGUGCAUAAAGUGACACUUUCUGCUUUUAUGAUAUAUAAUUUUUUUAGUGUUGAAGAAAGUCUCUUCUAAAUGAACAAUCAGUCUACAGGCUAAUCUGGGAGGACAUUAUAUGCACAUUCAUUAAGCCCUGUUUUCCUAGAACUAUGCUCAUAUAACAGUGGACUUGAUUAUAUGAGAGUUUACCUGAACAUGUGAAGAUUAAUUUGUCAUUUCUUACAUCAUUUUUAAUAUUGUCUAAAGAAUCACAAAAUAUAAAUGCUAAUGUAUUGUUUUAGCCUUAUUCAUUUGUAUUAUGUGUUCCAUGGUACACAGCAGGUACAAUGUAUUCGAGUUUGUUUUUUAACAGAAUUUGUACAUGAUUGAGCUUUCAUUUGAGAUAAAAUCAUAGUUGUUGUUUUUUGUUUGCAAACUUUGUAUAUACAAGUCAUUUAAUUAACAUUCCUAUAUUAGCUUCACAGACCAUUGAUGUAUUGAGCAUCCUGUGUGCGAUAACUUGACCCUUUACCAUUUAGAUAAAUAUUGUGACACAUUUGAAGUCCCUAAGAAAGUAAAAUUUAAUUAAAGACCUUUCUUACUAGAUAAAUAUUUUAAAGGCGUCAUUUCCAAUCUUCAGAUACUGAUGAGCAGCAAACAGCAUAAAACCUGAACAGACUGCGAAUUACUCGCAGGCUGUUCUGGUUUUUUGCUGUUUGCACAUAGCCAUGCUCAGUUUGCAUCUGAGUGGGAAAGGGUUAAAGUACAUAGAAAUCAUAGACAAAUCUGGACUUAAGAGCAGCAUUCAUGUAUGUGUCAAGUGUUGUUUGCGCAGGCUAAUCAGGGAGGAUACUUUCCGUUUGUAUGGCCUUUAUUGUUUAUAUGAAGUCUCUUCUAAAUGAAAAUCUGUUUGAAGAAGAAAGUGUUGUACCUGAUUAGCUUUUUUCGAACUGCACAAGUCAAUCUAGGAUGAUACAUCACUCAUAUACAUUUAGUUGAUUUUCCCAAAUGGAGGCUAAAAUCAUAACCUUGGAUCAGAAUUAACGAUCCUGCACAAAUUGAGUAUUCUUUAUAGUUACAAAAGCAUACAUUAUUUGAUUGUUGAUUUUGUACAUUUGCUGGCUAAAUCAUGUAGUGCAAUUUCUUGAAAUUAUGGUGAAUAAAACUUGAAAAUACA